ACCACAGCAGGGCCAACACAGUGCAUACACAGCCAUUAGCGUCAACCAAGCGCGCUAUACCUUUCCCACUACCAAUUAUUCGAAAAUGGAUCUUCGAAUUGGCAACAAGUACCGACUCGGGCGCAAGAUUGGCUCUGGGUCGUUCGGCGACAUCUUCCUGGCGGUGAAUGUAGUCACCAAUGAGGAGGUCGCGGUCAAGCUCGAGUCUGUAAAGGCGCGCCAUCCUCAGCUCGAGUACGAGACAAAAAUCUACAAGGCGCUGGCCGGCGGCGUAGGCAUCCCGUUCAUCCGCUACUUUGGCGUCGAGCACGACUACAACGCGAUGAUUAUUGACCUUCUGGGUCCGUCGCUCGAGGACCUGUUCAACUUUUGCAACCGCAAGUUCUCGCUCAAGACUGUGCUGCUGCUGGGCGACCAACUGCUGUCGCGUAUAGAGUAUAUCCACAACAAGUCGUUCAUCCACCGCGACAUCAAGCCCGACAACUUCCUGAUGGGCAUCGGGCGCCGCACCAAUCUGGUGCACGUGAUCGACUUUGGCCUGGCCAAAAAGUACCGCGACCCGCGUACACACAUGCACAUUCCGUACCGCGAGAACAAGAACCUGACGGGCACGGCCCGCUAUGCAAGCAUCAACACUCACCUGGGAAUCGAGCAGUCGCGGCGAGAUGACCUGGAGAGCCUGGGAUACGUGCUGAUGUACUUUUUGCGCGGCAGCCUGCCGUGGCAGGGGCUGAAGGCGGCGACAAAGAAGCAAAAGUACGACCGCAUCAUGGAGAAGAAGAUGAGCACGAGCACCGAGGAGCUGUGCCGCGGGUUCCCGCCCGAGUUUGCAGUGUAUCUGAACUAUGCGCGCAGUCCUGCGGUUCGACGACAAGCCCGACUACACGUACCUGAAGCGGCUGUUCCGCGAUCUGUUUGUGCGCAGCGACUUCAAGUACGACUAUCUCUUUGACUGGACCACAUUCAAGCAGGACCGGAAUGCUGGGGGCCAGAACCCAAACUCGGCCGAAGAGCUUCGGCAGAGACAGCAGCAGCAGCAGCAACAGCAGCAGGCAGCUAUGGCUCAGCAGCAGCAGCAGCUUCCAGUGUCAGCGUCCGGC